ACGCUAUGUUUUCAGUGUAGCCAAAAUGUGUUGCUCAAAAGGAUUAAUCAUUGAUGAGAUGAUGAGUCCAAAUGUUUGAGGUGAACCUCCUGUGGGCUGAACGACCUUUUAAAAAGGCAGUGAAGCUUCUGAACCUGGUGUUGGUGACUAGACUUUAUCAUGGUGGCCCGUGGGUUUCUCGUACAGGAAGGGCUACUGUUAGCCUGCUUCCUCUUUCUCUCUGUGCAUGGACAAACCUCAGGACCGUAUUUCAUGGCGACGUUUCCUGCAGUGAUAGAGUCUGGAUCUGAGGCUACACUGUGUACGAGUCUUCUGAAGCCUAAUGAGACUCUGCAAAUGACCAUUUAUCUGGUUCACGGCAGCCAGAACAGAAUAAUUCUACAGGAGAGAGUGGAGGAAGAAUUCCACCGCUGCUCUCAGUUUAAGGCUCCACAGGUUGAGGGUCAAUCAGUGCAGGAGAUCAGAGUAGCAGUCAAAGGUGAAAGUUUUAAGAUGACAGAGAAAAGAAAAGUUAUGUUUAAAUCCUACAACCCACUGACAUUCAUUCAGACUGAUAAACCAAUCUACAACCCCGGCCAAACAGUGAAUUUCAGAGUGGUCACUGUGGAUGCUAAUUUUGCACCACUUAAACAAGAGUACAGCGUACUGACACUUGAGGAUAAUAAAGGUAACAGGAUUGGUCAGUGGACGAAAGUGUCCUCAACAGGCCUGAUAGUGCAGCUUUCACACAAGCUGAAUCCUGAGGCUCCUGAGGGCCAGUAUAAAGUGAAGGCUAACAUUGGGGAUAGGUCAAUCACACAUAACUUUAAAGUGAAGAAGUAUGUUUUACCCAGAUUUGAGAUCACAGUGAAAACACCAAAACAACAGAGUGUUGGAGAGGAGGAACUGAAGAUCGAGGUUUGUGGAAAGUACACUUACGGACAGCCAGUACCUGGUAAAGCUCUGGUGCAAGUGUGCCGGAAAUUUAAACACCGUUUUCAUCAGGGUGUUGCCAUGAUUUCACCGUGCCUGGUUGAAACUGUAGAGAUGAAAGAGAACGGAUGUGCCUCUCUUGUAUUCAACAUGUCACAUUUCAUCAGUUCUGAAUUUGAACGAUAUUUGAAAGAUUCUCUUGACGCUACUGUUACAGUGACAGAGGAAGGAACAGACAUUUCCAUGGAAAAAUCUCAAUCUAUAAAGAUCACUUAUGAAAUUGGUAAAGUUGAGUUUCUCGAUUUACCCAAAAACUUUGAACCGGACACACUUUUAAAGGGAAAGAUCAAAGUGUCAACCUUCAAUGGAAAACCAGUUCCUAACAAGAACGUCUAUCUUUUGGAAGGUCAUAGGUGGUCUCCAACACUACUUCAAAAUCUUACUACAGAUAUUUAUGGAUUGGCCAGCUUCUCAUUUAAUACAUCUGAUCACUCUAAAACACAGAUUUCGCUACUGGCAAGUGUCUAUCCAGACAACCAAUACCGUGGACGCAAAAAACCCUUCUUUACAGUCAGUGAUGCAAAUAUACCACUCCUCCAACCUGCUACACCUCACAGUCCAGUCUACAGUGAAUUAUCAAUAGAGAGCUUAGAGGAACCGAUUCCAUGUGGUUCUGAAAUUUCCAUAAACAUUAAGUACUACAUUGUUGGAGAAACUACUGAGAAUUACAGCACUGAUAUUAUAUACACAGUCUUGUCUAAAGGAGCCAUAGUCCAUCAUGGUUAUGAGAAAGUUGAAGUGAAAGAAUCCAAAAAGCUCAUAGAGGGAAAAGUCUCAUUCAGACUGUCUGUUGAUGCUGAACUGGCUCCUGUAGUGCAGGUUCUGGUGUACUGUGUGCUGCCCAGUGAGAACGUCAUCGCUGCUAGCAAGGAUUUUAAUGUUGAAAAAUGCUUCAGACACAAGGUCUCACUGCAGUUCUCUCCCACUGAGGCAGUUCCUGGUGAGGAAAACACUCUCCAGCUCUCAGCUCUGCCUGGUUCACUGUGUGGACUCAGUGCUGUGGAUCAGAGUGUGUUCAUCAUGGAGCCAGGAAAACGCCUCAAUGUUAGCGAGGUCUUUAACUUGUUGCCAGUGAAAUCAGUGUCAGGUUAUAACUAUGAAGUUGAAGAUGAGCAGGAGUGUUUGCAUGUUAGACCCAGACGGGAUGCACAGAUAGACCACGCUUACAACACUAUAAAGGGUGUGGGGCUCAAGAUGGUGACCAAUUUGGCUGUUAGAAAUCCAGAAUGCUUGUUCUACAGACGUCUUCAGUAUCAUCGCCAGUAUCAUCACUUUGGUGUUCAUCGUCAAGGUCGGCUCGGAUUCAGCCCUCCUGUAGUUUUUGCACGGCGUGUGAUGGACUCAACCCCUGAAUCCGAACCUAUUGAGACAGUUCGCAAAUUCUUCCCAGAAACUUGGAUAUGGCAACUUGCUGAAGUGGGAGACUCUGGAUCAGUACAGCUCCCUGUCACCGUUCCUGACACUGUCACCACUUGGGAGACGGAGGCUUUCUGUCUGUCCUCUAGAGGUCUGGGAGUGGCUCCUCCUGCUCAGCUUCGUGUCUUCCAGCCCUUCUUCCUGGAGCUCUCGCUGCCCUACUCCAUCAUCCGGGGAGAGGAGUUUGAGCUGAAGGCCACUGUCUUCAACUAUCUCUCCAAGUGCAUUAUGGUUAAAGUGACUCCAGCUCCUUCCUCACACUACACUCUGAAAGCCUCCUCUGAUGGAGAGUAUUCAUCCUGUCUGUGUGCAAAUGGUAGAAAGACCUUCAAAUGGACUCUUGUUCCCUCUGUGCUUGGGGUCCUAAAUGUGACAGUCAGUGCUGAGGCAGAACAGUCACAGACUGUGUGUGACAAUGAGAUUGUGAGUGUGCCUGAGAGAGGCCGCAUUGACACAGUCACACGGAGCCUGAUUGUACAGGCUGAAGGAUCUGAAAAGACCAAGAGCCAGAGCUGGUUGCUGUGUCCACAGGGUAACAGUGUUUCAGAGGAGAUGGAGCUGGUUCUUCCUGAAGAUGUGAUCAAGGGAUCAGCACGAGCUUCUGUUUCAGUACUUGGAGACGUAUUGGGCCGUGCACUAAAGAAUAUUGAUGGAUUGCUGAAGAUGCCAUAUGGCUGUGGAGAACAAAACAUUGCUCUCCUCGCCCCCAACAUCUACAUUCUUCAGUACCUGGAGAACACUAGACAGCUCACUGCAGCCAUCCGUGAGAGAGCUACAGGUUUCCUUAAGAGCGGAUAUCAGAGGCAACUGAACUACAAGCAUUUCAGUGGUGCAUACAGCACUUUCGGCAUGGGAGAGGGGAAUACAUGGUUAACUGCUUUUGUCCUGAGAACUUUUGGCAAAGCACAGCGUUACAUCUUUAUUGAUCCACAAAACAUUGACAGUGCAAAGAAAUGGCUGAUAAGUAAUCAGAGACCAGACGGCUGUUUUAUAAGACAAGGACGACUGUUCAACAACAGAAUGAAGGGUGGUGUAAAUGAUGAUGUAACAAUGACUGCUUACAUCACUGCAUCGUUGCUUGAAUUAGGCCAUACAGUGAAGGAUCCUGUUGUGAAUAAAGGAUUAUCAUGUCUAAAGUCCUCUAUUGGCAACCUGACAAACACCUACGCCACUGCACUGCUGGCCUACACUUUCAGUCUGGCUGGAGAGCAUGAUGUUCGAGAGCAGCUGCUGAAGAAGUUGGAUAGUGUUGCCAUUUCAGGAGAUGGUCGCCUUCACUGGUCUCAGUCAGCAUCAGAUGACUCUGACUCCUUAACAGUGGAGAUCAGCUCCUAUGUUCUGCUAGCUGUUCUCACUACAGCUGAAGUCACUGCUGCUGAUUUGGGCUAUGCUAACAGGAUUGUCAGCUGGCUGGUGAGGCAGCAGAAUCCCUAUGGUGGCUUCUCCUCCACGCAGGACACAGUGGUGGCCCUCCAGGCUCUGGCUCUGUACUCCACCAAAGUGUUCAGCUCUGAUGGCUCCAGCACAGUAACUGUGAAGUCAGAUAAAGAGAGUCACCACUUUGAUGUGACCCAGGACAACAAGUUACUGUACCAGGAGAGGCCACUGCAGGAUGUCCCCAGCAAAUACAGCAUUUCAGUGAAAGGCUCCACCUGCGUGUCUCUGCAGGUGACGCUUUUCUACAAUAUUCCCACUCCUACUGAAACCAAUACAUUGAGCAUCGAGGCUAAAACUGAUGGAAAUUGUACCAAAUCAUUUGGAUACAUUCUGUCCAUCAACUUCACAGUCACAUAUAAUGGGGAAUUAAACAGCACUAACAUGGUCAUAGUGGAUAUAAAAAUCUUAUCAGGAUUCACAGCAGAUCCCAGUGAUCUAAAAUACCGCCCACUUGUGGAACGGGUCGAUUCCAAAGAUGACCAUGUUAUCAUGUAUAUGAAAGAGGUCCCAAGGAAUUCUCCGAUGAAUUAUCAGCUACAUAUUAAACAGGUGCUUCCAGUCAAGAACCUCAAACCAGCUGUGAUCAAAGUUUAUGAUUACUACCAAACAAGUGACCAGUCUGAGACAGAGUACUCCUCCCCCUGUGUGUGAGCUCUCAGAUCUGCAGCCUCACAAUAUGAGACACAGAGAAGACUUGGUUCCCUGUUUUAUCCUGAGUUUAUCUUAACUUUAAUCAGAUGUUUAAUUUCUUUUACACUGAAAUAAAUAUGAUUUUCAAGCAACAUGUGCUGCUUUUAUAGACAGUUCUAAAGGGUAAUCUUUGUGCUAAAAUAUAUAACAUGCCCUAUAAAGGUGAGUGACAGUCAACUCAAGCCUUUUUAAUUCAACAGAGAUGAAAUUUGCUGCACAAUGAUUUCACAGUGUGGUAGAACAAAUCAAGGGCCUGGAACCAGAGGAGAAGAAGUAGCUAUUGAAAGUGUUUAACAAAAAAGCCAAAUAAACUUUAAGCUCACUGUA